GGUUUUGUUAUUACAGGUUAUGUACUUUUCCCAGGAGGUUCGUGUUGUGGGGGGUGGGUUUGUUCAACAACCUUUCCAGAUUGGUGUCAUCGAUGUGUGCCACCAAGAGAUACUUAUCAACGAGCUCAUCAACUGCACUCAGUCAAUGUUUAAUUUCAUCAAUUGAUACGAAUUAUCUCGACUGCUCAUCGCAAACAUCCCACUUAAUUGAACAGCUGCAAAUGUGGUUAAAUUAAAAGGAAUUGUUUGAUGAUUACAUUCAUUUAUUGAACAGGGAGUUUCAGAUAAUCACACAGAAUUGUUUAUAUUGGUGAAGAGCUCCAAAUCGAAACAAUGUCACACUUAAACAAGAUCUAAACCCACUAAAAACAACGAUCUAAACCAUGCACCGCAAACCACUGGGCGUCUCCAUCGCGCUGGUGUUCCUCGAAUAUUGCGUCGUCCUGUCCUGCUGCGUCCGGGGUCGACCGGCGGCGGCACCCGAUGGCCACCACGAGGGGAGUGCCGGCCUGUUGCUGUUGAACAAUCUGAGCGAGGCCACGCGGUCCGAAACGGUUGACGAUGACGGUGGCUACUUCGAGGACGACCUGGACCUCGGUGCCAUCAUGUCCAUCGGGGAGCGGCUCAUCAAACGGUCCGGCGGGUCCGGAAUCAGCCGGAUCGAGGUCCCGGAGGAGGAUUACGGUGGUAAUUACACCACCUACAACGUGGGAGUCCUGAUGGCGUCGCAUCUGGAUUCUCCGUUCGAUUUGGAACGGUGCGGGCCGGCGGUGGAUUUGGCAUUGGUUUUCAUCAACGAGUUUCUGAUGGCACAUCACAGAAUAAAGCUGCUGAAAGUUCAACAGAGCUACGCGUCCUGUUCCGGCGCCAAAUCACCGGGCCUGGCGGCGGACAUGCACUUCAAGGACAACGUGAUCGCCUUCAUCGGGCCGGCCUGUGCCUUCGCGCUGGAACCGGUGGCCCGGCUGGCCGACUACUGGAACACGCCCAUCAUCACCGGGAUGGGCGAUCAGCCUCCGUCCGAGGGGGAACUCUCGGUGACAUCUGGAAUCCUCGGCCGGCUGAGUAACAAAUGGAAAAACGAAAGCACGGGCAUCUUCAAGGACAAGUCCAAGUACCAAACGCUGACGCGGAUGUCGUACUGCCAGUGCCGGCUCAAGCUCGUCUUCUCCAGCAUCUUCAAGCAGUUCGGGUGGAAGCACGUCGGGCUGCUGCUGGACCGGUCCGAUCUGUUCUCCCUGACGGUGGGCAAAAAUCUCGAGUACGGCCUGAAGGAGGAGGACGUGCUGACCUUUAUGCGCGAGCUGGACGGCAACGACGAGGAGGAUCUGGAUAACUAUCUGCAGGACGCCAGCAUGUACGCCCGGGUGAUUAUCCUCUCGGUUCGUGGGAGUUUGGUCCGCAAGUUUAUGCUUUCGGCUCAUCGACUUGGCAUGACACGUGGCGAGUUCACCUUCCUCGACGUCGAGAUCUUCCAGAGCUCCUACUGGGGGGACCACUAUUGGGAGCUCGGUGACGAGGAUGACCAAGCGGCCCGAAAGGCGUAUCAGGCCCUGCUCCGGGUGUCCCUACUCCAGCCCACAAGCCCCUCGUACCAGUAUUUUGCCGAAAAGGUUCGCCAACGGGCCAAACGGGACUACAACUACACCUUCGUCGAGGACGAGGAGGUGAACUUUUUCAUCGGGGCGUUCUUCGACGGCGUUUACCUGCUCGGGAUGGCGCUGAACGAGACGCUCAACGAGGGGGGCAACAUCCGGGACGGGAGCGCCAUCACCCGGAAGAUGUGGAACCGUAGCUUUGACGACCGCCAUUUUUCCCGCAAGCGUUUCAAGAAGGAACGGUAG